AUGUUCGACACUUCGGCCACCUAUGUGGAUGUUAAGGUCUUCAAUGGGAAUGAGGUCCUGUUCCACUGGGUGUUCCGGGGCUAUCGCUCGGACGCUGAUCUGUCAGUGCAACAGCAGUUCUGCGACGAGGUUUUGAUCAGGCCGGCUAACGACGGUUGGUUCCGGCCGUCCAUCGUCAUCUCUGUGUUCGUCGGCUGGAAAGUCUCGGUGACCUCGUUCGAGGUCGGGGCCCGAGUCUACUUCAUCGGCCCCCAAGGUUACGGCAAUGAUGCAGAUCGCGUGGAGUUCCGGUUCAGGGAUGCCAACAACCGGAUCGAUCUGAAGUGGCCGGACCACGUGCAGCAGUUCGCCCAGCUCUCGGCGGUGAUCGCCCCGUGGUACAACGAUGCCCUCGCGAAUGAGGGCAGCACGGUCGGUACCUUCACGGACCAGUUCCCGGUCGAUGAGGGUAAUUUCCAUAUCCGUGCUCGCUCGAAGCUCCGGGUGAACCCCCUGAUGUUCGUUCGGCAAGAAGCUCUGGCCCACCGCUCGCACGACGAGGGGACUGAGCUCACCGCUCGGCGUGGUCCGCCAGCUCUCAUGGAAGAGGCGGCCCGACAUGCCGUUCGGCAGCUGGCAUCUUCGACUACCUCGGCUCUGACGAAUAUGCCGACGUCUGCUCAGCAGACCUAUGAUCAGCGAGUGUCGGUGAUCACCCCGGUGGUUGAGGGCGAGGAGCCGCCGACCGAUCGGGUCGGAGAGCACAUCGAGGAGGCAAGGGAUCGCUUGAGGGCAGACAUGCGCUUCUCGCGCACGUCGGCGGCGAUCACCCCGCAGGUCUUCACGGAUGUCCUUCUUCUCGAUCGUGAAGAUGCGGAUUUCCAGAUGUACUCUACCGGCUACUCUACCGUUCGGGUGGAGGAGACGGGGCCAGAGCUCCCGGCGAGCAGUUCGACUCCCACGACGGUCUCUCCUGCCUACUACUUGCCUGCUCGCGGCAUCACCGGGCCGUACCAGAUGGCCAGCUCGGGGCGGGAGGGCGAGGCACGGCGCUCGGGUGCCAUUAGCAGGCCUGUGCGAUCGCACUCGCAGCUGUUCAGCCCGAGAUGGACAGACGGGACGAUCGCUGAGUGUGUCCAAGCGUUCGUGAGUUUGGUGCCUGCCCUCGAGGCUCUCCACUCGCCGUCGACGAGGAAGACGGAGGAAGAGCUCGGCAGGACGAUCGAGCCACGAGCAGAAGACGCCCAGGUGUCCUUGAAGGCUCGCGAGCUCGGCGAGGACGAGAUGAAUGCAUUGCGCUCGAUCGUGUUCGAGAGUGGUGGUUUCAGGGCGAUCCAGCAGUGCGUUCGUCACUGGGAGCGUCUUGAGACAUGGGCGAAGUCUCAGAACAUCAAGGCGAUCCCACUGACCACGGAGGUUCCGAUCGAACCAGUUCGUGAUGGCGUUCUUCGGUGGAUCUUGACCAUGAUCUACUCGUCAUUGCGCUUUGACGACGCGAUGCACGUCGUUCCCGAGGUCUCGGUCUCGGGCGAAGAGUGGAUGGAGGACGGAUGGAAUGCUGCCGCGUUCGAGAUGGACGAUCGGGACUACUUCAUGAAGGAGCUCGAGUCUGCGGAGCGGUUCGGCGAUCGUCCCGCCACCUACCAGAGGAGCGUGCUGUGGCUCAGGUACGUGCUCACGACAGCAGCUUCAGACGAUCUGAAGAGGGGACAUAUCGCCCCGCCAGAUCUGAAGGAGCACCUGCAGCUCAUCAACGAGAUCACCUGGCAUUCGUGCCGUGUGACGCUGCUCGCAGCGGCGGUUCAAGCCCAGGAGCCGGACAAAGAGAUCGGGCUCCAGGCAAACUGGAAGGAUCCCAGUCAGUUGGUCCUGAAGUACGCUCGGUCCAGAAAGGAGAUCUCGAUCGAGAUGGUUAAGAGACUGACGAAGAGGAUCGUGUCGGAUUGGAGGACACCGCCCGAGUUCGAGGCGGAAGAUUCCAACCUGGUCGACUUCGGGGACUGUGCUUUGACCUAUGUCAUCAAGGCGAGGUCAACGAUCGGACCGGCUAAGGACCUGAACCUGAAGUACCAUGCUAUGUACAUAGACGGUACGGGAGCGGAGCGAACGCUCUGCGGACGCUAUAAGAUCACAGAGUGCGAAGACUUCGGUGAGAUGCCUCCGAGCUCACAGAUGUGCUCGCUCUGUUCAGCCAUGGUGGAUCGCACUGCCUACGCGAGCGAGGCGGCGACGCCGAAGCUUAACCUCCGCCAGAUCUUCGGUCGGCAAGGGCUCGAUACCGGGCUAUGCCGACUCUCGGCGGACAAGGGACUGCUCACGGUGGAGAUGUUCGCGAUGUUGGGACAAGAUCUGUCGUCCGCGAAGGAGACUCUCAGGAAGCUCUGGGAGGCCGACGUGACCCCGCUCGGGGCGGACGCUGCCAGUCAAGAGCUAUCGGUCAUGUCGCUAGCGGCGGUGUGGCAGGCAGCUCAGGCCCUGCAGACGCAGUACGCCUCUCGGCGCGCCAGAAUGGAGCUUUCGCAGGAGGACCAUGCUGAGUUCCGCGAUCGUUUCGUGAGGGUCCACCCCGACGUCAUUCUGAUCGACGCCAGGGAGCCGCGCACGAAGUUCGUGGAACGUCUCUCGCGCGAUUUCCUGAUCCACGGGAUCGUGCCGUUCUACGAGCCGGCCGAGAUCAGGACUCGAGCUGACGUGAUCGUGGUAAAGUCGGGACUCUCGAGGAAUGCCGAGGAUCUUCUGUCCAUAUCGAGGGCAGAUCAGCCCGAGCCGGUGACGGAUGUUACCACGCUGUUCAACAGGCUCCACGCGUUCUUCAUGGCGCUCGAGUACCUGAACAUCUGUCCGUUCUCACGUGCGGAAGGUCCUCUCAAGUACUUGCAGGAGCUGGAGCAGUUCCGUUCGGAGUGCCCAGGCCUUCCCUUCCUGAUGGCGGCAGAUCGGGCGAUCCGGAAGAAGAUCUACCGCCUGCUCUCGGAGCAGAGGGCAACGUACACGGCGUUCUCGCAGGCUCUGAUCGAGGUGCUCAAUAACCACAAGUACUUGUGGAACGAUGCGAGGACCAGCGCUACGUUGUCGAAGGUCGACUACAACCGUCAGCAGCUCGCUACUAACCCUGAUCAGGUGCAGGAAGAUCCUCCUCCCUACAAGCGCACUCGCGCGGGGAAGAAGAAGAAGCGGAACCAGACAACAGGGAAGGAGGAGACGCCUAAGAAGGUCGCCAAGGAAGACCCUGAUAAGAAGCCGAAGCGGGACGAUCGCAGCCCAGAGAAGGAGUGGAAGUUGAUCGCUGAAGCGGCCAAGAAAGUGCAGGGCGCUCGCCGAUGCCACUACUUCAAUUCGUCGCUCGGCUGCGUUUCAGGGGAUAAGUGUAGGUUCAAGCACUUGUGCAUGGUCUGCGGAGCGAUCGCCCAAGAACUCUUGAAGAAGCAAGAUGCGCUCACUCGAGAAGAGGUUCUCCAGCUCGCCUUUAACUUGCCUGAUCAAGGACAGCACAAGGUCGUCCUGGAGAACGUGUUCACGUCGUUCGCGGUUCUCUGCGAUCAGGAGGCUAAGCCCAAUCGCGACUCGGGAAACGAGCCUGUCCCCAACACGGUUAUCAAGCUCAGUGAUUUCCAAGGGGGUGGGUUGUGGAUCGAAGAUCCUCUCGGGCUCGAUCGACGCGAGAUUGAUGGUCGUUCUAUACAGGGCACCAACACCGACUUUGUGCAAGACACGAUCGUCUUCAAUGCAAAAGAAGCUCUGCGCAUGACUCUGCCGUGGCAGGGCACUCGUGUUGUUCUCGCUGUCUAUUCGGUACAGGGCGUCGAUCGGAUCCCGGCUGACGAGUUUGAGCAGCUCUUGCAGUUGG